AUGACUAAAAAGAAGCGAGACAAUCUGGGCAUCGCUCUAGAGAUUCAUGGGCUAGAGAAGUUGUCACAAUGACGGAGAGACCUGGAGGCUGUGAACUCCAGGCUCUGUGGGGUGGAGCUGAGCUCAGAGGCCAGGAGGUCUCUGGAGAAGGAGAAAAGCAGCCUGAUGAACAAAGCCUCCAACUAUGAGAAGGAGCUGAAGUUGCUUCGGCAGGAGAACCACAAGAACGUGUUGCUGUCUGUGGCCACCUUCCUCCUCCUGACCCUCGUCUAAGCCUCCUGGGCCUGGUGAGCCUGAGACUUCUCC